AUGCCACCAAAGGGCUGGAAAAAGGAUGCGCAGGGGAAUUAUCCGACCACUUCGUAUAUGAAGGAGCAGGAGAGCGUUACCAUCCAGGACCUGCUGUUCCCGAAGAGUGUUAUAACGCAAUUGGCGAAGGAGAUUAAUGGAGACAGCGACAAGAAGCUUUUGGUCAGCAAGGACACAGCUUUGGCGUUGCAACGCAGCUCAACGGUGUUUGUGAGCCAUCUGUGUAUGUUUGCAAGGGAGAUUGCGCUGUCCCAGGAUCGAAAAAGCUGUAACAUCAACGACAUAUACGACGCAUUGGACCAGAUCGGCUUUGGAGGAUUCAAGUCGAUCAUAAACAGCAAAAUCGUCGCAUAUCAGGAAGCAUUGGAGAUGAGAAAGAGGCAGAAGUCAAGCGAGAAGACCACAUCAACGGAGGACAACGGCAGCGAGGAUGAAGAACAGGAAGAGCAACAACAGGAGGCACAGACCCAGGGCGGAACGACCAGCGAUGAACAGGGAGCAUCCAAAAGACCAAAGACAUGA